GAUGGAUAGUCAUGAAUCACAAGAAAUGAAUAGUCAUGAAUCUCAAGAAAUGAGUAGUCAUGAAUCUCAAGAAAGGAAUAGUCAUGACACACUUGCAGAUAAUACUUCUAAAAGUGUUCAUGAUAACAACAAUACUAGCCUGGAUGAAAAGGCCCGUAUGAUCAACUCCCCCGAUUCCAAUGACUCUGGCAUCCAAGCAGACGACACUCACCUACGUGGACCCAUCAAUGAGAAUAUCUACGCCACGGUUGACAAGACCAAGAAGACCAACAAUGUCAAAAAGGCAACUACACAAGAGAAAGCAUCUGAUGAGAUUGAUGCCCUGCCCCCACCGGAAGCCCCGCCCAAACUAACUGAUCUACCCCCAGGCUGGGAGAAACAUGAGGAUGAGAAUGGGGCAUACUACUGGCAUAUAAAGAGUGGUACAAUCCAGCGGGAUCCACCGCCACCCCCUCCCCCAGAGACACAAAGACAGACAUCCAACAGCAGCCAGAGUUCCAAUGGUUCUAUUCCCACUACCCCUGGCAAUGGGCAGAACUUCCUACAAGAGUUUGAGGGCCAUGCUUUGAAGUAUGCAGCUGAAUCAGUCAAGUCUCUGUCGAAAGCAUCAACACAAGAGUCAUUGUCCAACACAAGUUCUCCCGAGGCCGAGAAAAAGAUUCGGUUCGCUGUUCGUUCCCUUGGCUGGGUCAGAAUCGCAGAAGAGGACCUUACACCUGAUAAGAGUAGCAAAGCUGUCAAUAAAUGUAUUGUUGACCUGUCUCUAGGGAGGAAUGAUAUUAAUGAUGUUGUCGGAAGAUGGGGUGAUGGUAAGGAUUUAUACAUGGAGCUUGAUAAUGAGCACCUCACCCUGUUUGACCCCACAGACAUGACUCUAUUGAAUCGUCAGCCAAUACAGUCCAUCCGUGUGUGGGGAGUAGGUAGAGAUAAUGGAAGGGAUUUUGCCUACGUGGCGCGUGACAGAAGUACCCGAAAGCACAUGUGUCAUGUGUUCAGAUGCGACACACCUGCGAGGCAGAUCGCUAAUACGUUGAGAGACAUCUGUAAGAAAAUAAUGCUAGAGCGAAGCAUGCAACAACAGAUUGCCAAGCAGACGGAAAGUAACACUGGAGCCAUACAGAGAAUGGCAGUCAGUCGACCAAACAACUUGCCAAACUUAGAAAAAGCAGGAGAAGCGAAUGGAAAAAAGAUAACCUUUGAACAACUUUAUAAAAAUACAUCAUUCCCGACCCCCAUGGAGGAACCAAAGAAGGUGCUUCGCUGUCAUUACCUUGGGACAGCACAGGUUCCAAAGUCAACAGGGGUUGAUGUUCUAAAUGCUGCCCUGGAGACUGUGCAUCGAACUGUACCAGAACAGAAUUGGGUUGAAUGUAACAUUGGCAUUGCCCCUUCCACCAUUACUGUAUGCGACUGUGAGAAUGAAGAUAACAUUCUUGCUGAGUGCAGAGUGCGUUUCUUGUCUUUCAUGGGGAUAGCAAUGUCCAAUGUCAAACUUGGUGGCUUUAUAAUGCACAGUGCAGAGGAUCAGUAUGUGGCCCAUGUUUUCCAUUGUGACCCUUCUGCAGGUGCCCUGUGUAAAACUAUAGAAGCAGCAUGUAAGUUGAGGUAUCAGAAAUGCCUAGAUGCCCACCCUACAGCUGGAGAAAGACACAAACAAAUGCAGAACCAAGGUCAAAAGGCAGGCCUAACUGCUUCCCUUAAGUCUGGUGUACAGAGAGGUGUGAGCAAUGUGAUGGGCAUGUUCAAAAAGAGGGGGUCUUGAUAGUUGAGAGUUUACGCAGCAGUAUCAAACUUGGAGUACAGAGCAUGUUUGGAGGUAUACGCAAGUCAAAGAGCUAGUACUCAAUGAGCUUAGUAGUCAAUGAGCUAGAAGAAGUCAAUGAGCUAGAAGAAGUCAAUGAGCUGUUAUGCUGUAUUUCACGCUUACCUUAAUCAUUCCUUACUAUAUGUACAGGUGAAUAUGAUAGAACUGGAAACAAUGGAUAUGUUUAUAUGAUGUUGACAUUAUAAUAUGAUACGAUAUGAUGUGAUAUGAUAGUUAAUGGAAAUACAGAAGGAAAUCCUGUGCUAAGGGCUGACGAUAGCAAAUCCAGUCCACCCCAGUGAGGAUGAUUUGAACUGGACAUGUUUGCUAACUGGCAACGUCUCUGUUACUUGCAUUAAACAUGUUACCAUGAUAUUAAUUGGUUGUAUAAUGAUAUUUAUGGUAUUAACUGAACUGGCCAUGUGCUUCUUAUAUGUGUCAAGUAUGUUUACAUGAUGGGAACUCGUGAAAUAAGGAAGGAUGUCAGUAUAAGACCAGUGUGUACAACUGAAUAUAGUGGUUGAGAAUUUACACAUAAUUAUGACUUAAGUGCAAUUCUGAAAUGUUUCCAGAUUGGAAGACGCAUAUACAUUAAUAUACAGGGUGUCAAAUAAAUAUGUUCUCCCCUCAACUUUAACAUCCACAAAAUGUUGCAUAACUU